UUUACACCGGAGCACCACAGCUGACUAGAUAAUCAGGGAUUGUGGACAGCACCUUCCCAAGUUACUUGGCACUUUGGCUGGCAAACCUUUGAAGUGAAUUGUACGAUGGGACCUCGGACAGCUGGUAAGGGCUACUUUUAUUACGUGAGGCAAAUAUGUGGAAAGUGUUGAUUUUAGGUUUACUGAACUUGUUUGGGUUUAUUUGCUAUGGCUAAUGUAAUAUUGUGCCUCUUGUUAAAUCAUAAACAUUGGUGUUGAGUUCACCUUUAUGAGUGCUGUGAAUACAAUGGUAUCACAAGUGACUGUGGAUCUGUUUUUACCCCUAGUUGGGCUCUUAUUAAGUAUUGUUUAUUCAUUGUUUUUGUGAGAUUGAGAACCAUUUUAUUGAUGGAAAAUUAUAGAUCAGUCCAAUUAUAUGCAACUACAAAUUAGAAGAGAUACCCAACACAGAUGAAAGCAUUAUUGCAUUGAGUUUGGCUGGGGGUGAAUUUUACCUUUAUUCUAUAUGUCAUCAUAAUAGUAUGCUGGUGAUUGUUAUUUACAUUUUAGUCAUUUAGCAGACGCUCUUAUCCAGAGCGACUUACAGGAGCAAUUAGGGUUAAGUGCCUUGCUUAAGGGCACAUCGACAGAUUUUUCACCUAGUCAGCUCGGGGAUUAGAACCAGCGACCUUUCAGUUACUGGCACAACGCUCUUACCCACUAAGCUACCUGCCGCCCCAGCUAUGGCUAGGGCAGUAGCCAUAGCUUCCAGGAUAGGCUGCUAGAUGAAUAUUAGCUUGUCAGGAAGUGUUACUGUGAUAUGAAUCAGGUCAGGGAGUGUUCAUACAGCACAUUAUGUGGCUAUAUUUGAUUAGCAGCAGACACUUAGUUAUUUCAUAACACUCAGAUAUGAAACGGGAGGCAGUGGGGUAUAUGGGGUGUGUUUGAUGUGUUCUAUUGUAAACUACAGCACAGUAAACAGUUCUGAAACUGGAGUGUAUGUAUGUGUGUGUGCGGAAUGAAUAACAUGGUGGCUUUCUUUUGUUAUUAGUGCUUUUUCCUCUCAGUACACUUUGUCAAUCACUCUCAAUCAUAAAACAUGUCUAUGCUCUCUGUGUGAUAUCUCUAUAUAUUCUUAUUUUCCUUCUCUCAGUCACUCCAUCCAAGGAAAGAAAGAUGGUGUCUGGGGGGCAUGAUAACAGUCUUAGUAGUGGCAACAAUGGGUAUUGUAACAGAGGUCCCAUGCUUACCCCUACCUCACCUGUGCUGUCAAACCCCAAAUCAGGUAAGAAUCUCUCUGGUCUUCACCUAAAGCUGUAUCACGUCCUCUCUACUAUGCAGAUUCAAUUUAAACACCACUGUUCAUGAUUACACUGAGAAUCUGCUAACAGUGUGUUUGUUCCAUUGACAGUGCUGAAGAGACAAGUGAGUCCAGAGGAGCUCCAGAGACCAGGAGGUCCAUACAUAAAGAGGACGUUUACAGUACGUUACCACAGUAUUAUCUCUUAUUCAUGCUAAAAUAAUGAAACACAACCAAAUAUCAAUUAAAUCCAUAACCUUUUUCAUGAUUCUAUUACUUUGUAAGUAAUGUGAUCAAUCUAUCUCCAGAUUGUGGGUGAUGCAGUGGGCUGGGGCUUCGUGGUCAGGGGGAGUAGGCCAUGUCACAUCCAGGCAGUGGACCCCAGUGGCCCUGCAGCAGCAGUAGGAGUGAAAGUGAGUACCAUGGCAUUGUGGGACAUUUAGUGCAAAGAGCAGCUCCAGUGCCUACAGGUUGAUAGCUUUGUCAAAUCAAUACAUUUGUUAAACUUCUUCCUCUGCCAUAUGCAGCUCUCAUAAAUUAUCUUCAAUACGUGCAGUAUUUGACCAAAGUCUGUUUUCCAGGUGUGCCAGUUUGUGGUCUCUGUCAAUGGUCUGGAUGUCCUGUCUCUGGACUACAAGACGGUCAGCAACCUCAUCCUCACUGGAUCGCGAACUGUGGUCAUGGAGGUUAUGGAGGAGUCUGAUUGCUGAGGAUGAGGUUGUGUUGUAUUCGGUUACAGUCAACUUAAGGCCUCAGUAACCCAUUGGCUCUUGGUGGUGGAAAGCUUAGAGUAAGAAUGUGGACUGUAUUGGCCGAAACAAAUCCAUAGAAACCUUAUGACCUUGAUAUGGAGCCAAAUGGACUUAGCUACAUGAUCGACCUGAGAUGCGGGUCACAGCAACAGUGACCCCACAGAAACCUGAUGAGCCUCACUGUGAAGCCAUGUGUGCUUACAUCAUCAGUCUGAGACUCUGACCAGUGUUCCGUGGUUAACAUGGAUACAGCUUGUGUUUUUGUUCUCUCCCAGCGGUUUAGACUUUUGACCUGUGCGCCUACUCCUUGCCUGCUGUUUGCUUUUCCAUCCACUCCCUCGUUUGCUCCAAUGGAGGGUCCCUUCCUAGAAAGACAAGUACUUAGGGUGUUGUUGAUUAAGUGAGGUGGCACAUAUUGUAAACAACACCACACUUUGUGACGUGGCAGAGGUGUUUUUGAAUAGAAGUUGUUUUGAUGAAUUAGCUUUGCAUUUUGCUUUGAAUAUGUUUGGCAUUGAAUUCUAAAGUUUGGUAGCAGGAGUAACUUAAACCUUGUAUUCAUAUUGGACUGAAAAUAGCACAAUACUGGCAAACUGCAGACCACAUACUUUGUGGCAGCAUAAAAAGGCUUGGAUGUCAUCUUGGUUUCUGAUUCCACUGCAAUAUUUUUGGAAGCCCACAAUACUGAUAAAAGUUCAAAUAAUCAAUCAGUAGUAGCCUAUCAACAUGUUAAUCUUUUUUUAUUUUUGAAACAACAAAUUAUGUCAAAGCACUUUACAGAGAAAUAGAUAGAUUAUUACAUUUACAUUUACGUAAUUUAGCAGACGCUCUUAUCCAGAGCGAUUAUAGCAGUGAUAUUGUGCUUUUUGUAAAAUAUGUCAAGUGUAAUGCAUGAUCACAUGGUCCAACAUAAGGUAUGAAGGACCAAAAGCACUAAAGGAUUUGUACUUUUAUAUAGCCAUAUAGCCUGACCCUCUACAUUUGCUAUGGUCAACUGAUCUUUAAAGGGUAUUGGUGCAGGCCAGCAAAGAGUAUAUACAUUUGUGUUAGUGUCUGAUCAGUGUGAAAAUAUUUAAAUUAGCCAAUGAAUUAACGAAAUAAAGUAACUCAAUUUAAAAUGUUAGCAAAUGUGUAUUU